AUGGCGCCACCGAGGUUGAAGACGACCCAGAAGGGGCCAAUCUCGCGUCUUCGCGGGCCUUCAUUUGUGUCCACCCAUGCCGGUGAGGCCAUUACACAUGCCUGGGUUGUAGAACAAAGUAAGAGAGGAAAGAACGAUCUGUGUCCAAGGAUGAUGAAGGAGGCUUUCCACCUUGGACCCCUCCGCGGGAGCGAGAACCUCUGUUUCAACAGCCAUUGUGGUCGAGGCAGAAGAGCAGCUGUAUCUCAAUUGAUGCUGCUACCGGCGGAGGCUCGGUUCCGAUUCUCAGGCGGGGCCCGGACACAACGAACGGAUCGCGGCACAGAUUUUCGUUCGGACAGACCCGGACAGAGCAAAGAUCAGGCCGGAGCGUAUGCCGAGCCCUCGCCCCGACCUAAAGACGCGAGAUUCGAUAUAUUGCGAAAUCUUCAGUGGAAAGAUGGACAAAUGAGACUCUCUGGACGGCGCUACCGGCCGAGUGAGGCGCCACACAAGCACCUGGGAUACGAGGGCAACCCCUACCAUGACGUCUUCGCAGGACCCUCAUCUGCGUCCUUCAACCGUGCGGAGGCCAGCGUGUCGUUUGCCAUCGCGGCGUGUCUACCAGCCAUCGCGGCAUUCGUCGGCGACCUUAUCCCGCUUUUACGUAGAAGCGGACGGCUGAUCUACGUAUUUGCGGAAAACAGCGGGCGUGUCGCCCAUAUGGACUGCGCAGAGCUACCAGUCACCAAUUCGGUUGAUCGAGAGCAGUUUCUUGCUGUGGUAGCGGGUGGGAUAGGGGCCGUGCUGGAGGUCGUCGAGGGUGCCGAAGACCUCUAUGACGACGGCGCGGCGAAGGUGUACGAUCUUUGUCUUACUUCACAAAAUACUGUCAUUGGCAUCUCAUCAUCGGAACGAACACCAUUUGUCACGGACGCCCUGACGGCGGCCAUAACACGCGGCUCCUCUCGAAUGGGGAGCACGGGCGUUAAUCACCCCCUUGUUGUCUCCGUCGGACCCGAAUUUGUGACGGGAGGCACUCGUCUUAAAGCAGGCAGCUGCGCGAAGAAUGCUCCGAAAGGAGGCUCCACGAGAGAGCGAGACAACCAUUCCAAAUCCGAUGAGAACGCCAGCAUCGAGACCCUAAUCGAGCGCUGUCGCGGCAGCGUCAAGCUCGCCUGCGCUGUGGGACUCUCUGGUCUGCACUGGAGUAUUGCGAAGCGGAGAUUAGACGGUGUAGAUGGUCAUGUCCAGGCAUUUGCGACCAGACUCGAGUAA